UAAAAAAAGAAAAAGAAGGAAAAGUCUCGGAGACUCCGAGUCUUGCUGAAGCGGACUUCGAUAGCAUUAGAUCCCUGCAAUCCAACAAGUCUCGCAAACACCAAAUCCAAAUCCCUAGAGCUUCUUAUUUUCCAAAUUUUACCCAAUCGGGAAACAAACCCUGAAAUUCGAAUCCCCUAAAUUGUUUUCCCAUUUUUCCAAACUAUCCUCAAACUAGCACUGCGUCUGCGUGUUCUCUAAGCUUUUAGAUACUUGAUCUAAAUUAAAUUCCCUUUCCUCGGUUUUUGGCUUUGCUCUCCAGCCAAAGUGAUUGUCCUGAUCCGGAACAGCGCUGUAAAUGGGUAAAAAUGCGUUUCUCGCAGUGCUUUUAGUGUUUCUGAUUGUUGCCGAUGUUUCCGAUGCUUCGUUGCAUAGAAUACUCGAAAGGCUGUUGGGUGCGGCUCCUAAAGACCAUGCAAGCUCUCCGUCGCCGAGUCCCUUUCCAGGUGGCAAGAAAUCGGAUCCUAAGCCAACCGACGGGUCAAAGAACAACGAACCGGAGCCUCCGGUGCCCAACAAAUCAACCAAGUUGGGUCCCAAGGAUCAUCCCAGUGAUAAUAGUAAUCAGACCGGUGGUUUGAUAGCGGCGAGCACUGAGAAUUGUGAUGAGUCGUUGGAUAAGAACUGCAAGGACAAGGGGACCAUGACCGCCUGCGUCAAAGCCGUUCAAAGUGCAGGGUCCAAAAAAUUGGUUGUUCUUGUCCAUAAUGGUGGAGAGAGCACUCUGAAAGUGAAUCUUACUGUGGAAAAUCAAAGUGCUAAUGAGCAGCUGGAAGUACCCAAAAACCAAACUGAAAAGAUCAGUAUCACGCUAUCUAAUGACAAUAGCACCAAAAUCAUAUUAUAUGCUGGAACUGGUGAAUGCGUGCUUCAUUGGGACCCUCCUGUAAAACGAAACUUUUACGUGGGUCUCCCACCUUAUGACAAGCUAGUGACUCCUGUCAAUGGUGCCUACUUCUUGAUUCUUACAGCGCUCGUCUUUGGAGGGACAUGGGCUUGCUGCAAGUUUCGGAAGAAGAGACACCCCGAUGGAGUCCCAUAUCAAGAACUUGAAAUGGGUUUACCAGAAUCUGUUAUAGCUACCAAUGUGGAAACAGCAGAGGGUUGGGAUCAGGGUUGGGAUGAAGACUGGGAUGAAGAUAAUGCAGUGAAGUCACCAGGACGUCUUGUAGGAAGCAUUUCUGCAAAUGGCCUUACUUCUAGAACUUCAAACAGAGAAGGAUGGGAAAGUGACUGGAAUGACUAGGUAUUUGACAGCCAAAAAGGGAUCGAAAAGAGAAUUUUUGCUAAAAGGUAGGUGAGGUAGCAGAGGGUGGACAAGAAGUAAAAAAAAAAAUUAAACUCAAUGUACAACAUUGUCAACAAAUAGGAUCAUUGAGAAAUUGAAUAUAGAACUGUCUCACAGUUUUUUUUUUUUUUUUGGAUGAAAAAUCUUGCUUCGUUGAUCUUGUCAAGUAAUAGUUGGAGCCCAGAAAUGAGGUUUGUAAAAGUUGGGUUUUUUUUUUUUUGGAAGUACAGGAGUAAACAUCUAUAUUUUCCUGCAUUUUGUAUUUUGUAUUUCA